CGUCUGCUCUCGACCAGGGGUCCGUCUCUUAGGUUCCGGUUGCCCUCCCUCACCCAGCUGAGGGACAGCGAGGCGGCCCCCUCUUCGACGGCGUUCCAUGGAGUAGGGUCCCGGACCGUUGUCCCGAAGAGCGAGAUCGAGCUUGGCCGCCUCCCCCUCCCUUCUCCCUCCCUUCUUCCUUCCGCCGCAACAUGGCUAACAACAGCCCCGCGCUGACAGGCAACUCGCAGCCGCAGCACCAGGCGGCAGCGGCCGCAGCCCAGCAGCAGCAGCAGUGCGGCAGCGGCGGCACCACCAAGCCGGCAGUCUCGGGCAAGCAGGGCAAUGUGCUGCCGCUGUGGGGCAACGAAAAGACUAUGAACCUCAACCCCAUGAUCUUGACCAAUAUCCUGUCGUCGCCUUACUUUAAAGUGCAGCUGUACGAGCUCAAGACCUACCACGAGGUGGUGGACGAGAUCUACUUUAAGGUCACGCAUGUUGAACCAUGGGAGAAAGGAAGCAGGAAAACAGCUGGCCAAACAGGGAUGUGCGGAGGGGUUCGAGGUGUUGGAACAGGAGGAAUUGUUUCUACAGCUUUUUGCCUGUUAUACAAAUUAUUUACUCUGAAAUUAACUCGCAAGCAAGUGAUGGGUCUUAUAACACACACAGACUCUCCAUAUAUUAGAGCCCUUGGAUUUAUGUAUAUAAGGUACACACAGCCCCCUACAGAUCUGUGGGACUGGUUUGAAUCCUUCCUUGAUGAUGAAGAGGACCUAGAUGUGAAGGCUGGUGGAGGCUGCGUAAUGACCAUUGGUGAAAUGCUGCGAUCUUUUCUCACAAAACUGGAGUGGUUUUCUACUUUGUUUCCGAGAAUUCCGGUUCCGGUUCAGAAAAAUAUUGAUCAACAGAUUAAAACCAGGCCAAGGAAAAUCAAGAAGGACGGAAAGGAAGGCACUGAGGAAAUAGACAGACAUGCUGAGCGCAGACGCUCAAGGUCUCCAAGGAGAUCACUGAGUCCACGAAGGUCCCCGAGAAGAUCCAGAAGUAGAAGCCAUCAUCGAGAAGGCCAUGGGUCUUCUAGUUUUGACCGAGAAUUAGAAAGAGAGAAAGAACGCCAGCGACUAGAGCGUGAAGCCAAAGAAAGGGAGAAAGAAAGGCGAAGAUCCCGGAGUAUUGAUCGGGGGCUAGACCGCAGACAUAGCAGGAGCAGGGAAAGACAUAGAAGCCGUAGUCGGAGUCGUGAUAGGAAAGGGGAUAGAAGGGACAGGGAUCGGGAAAGAGAGAAAGAAAACGAGAGAGGUAGAAGACGAGACCGUGACUAUGAUAAGGAAAGAGGUAAUGACCGAGAAAAGGAGCGAUCACGAGAACGGUCCAAGGAGCGGAGAAGUAGGGGGGAGGUAGAAGAAAAGAAACAUAAAGAAGACAAAGAUGACAGGCGACACAGAGAUGACAAAAAAGAUUCCAAGAAAGACAGAAAACAUAGUAGAAGUAGAAGCAGAGAAAGAAAACAUAGAAGUAGGAGUAGAAGUAGAAACGCAGGGAAACGAAGUAGAAGCAGGAGCAAAGAGAAAUCAAGUAAACAUAAAAAUGACAGUAAAGAAAAAUCAAACAAACGAAGUAGAAGCGGCAGUCAAGGAAGAACUGACAGUGUUGAAAAAAGAAAACGAGAACAUAGCCCCAGCAAAGAAAAAUCUAGGAAGCGCAGCGGAAGCAAAGAACGUUCCCACAAACGAGAUCACAGCGAUAGCAAGGACCAGUGUGACAAACGUGAUCGCCGAAGGAGCCAAAGCAUAGAAACAGAGAGCCAAGAAAAACAGCAUAAAGACAAGGAGGAGACUGUGUGACAGUUUUUUUGUAAAAGUGGAUCACAUUGAAUCCUAUAAACGUUGGAUUAAAUCUGCUUUUUCUUUUUCCUCCCAAGUUGAGGUUGUGCAGUAGUUACGCACUCUUCAAGCUCCCUGUAGGCUGCAUUUUCAUUUCCUCUUUUGUGUAGGGAAGUGCCUUUGUAAUCCCAUUUAUUGCAUUGAUGUCUUCAUCCAGUUGUUGAGUUUGAUACAUGAUGCACAGAUUGUUCUUGCAUUUUAUUGUUCAACUGUUUUUGAGAUGUACAGUCUGUACAUAUGUCCUGAAAAUGUUUUAAUUCCUUUGGCAUGGUUGCCAUGUUGGUUAAAUUUGUAUAAGGCAAUAAACUGCCACUAAUUCUAUUUUUGUUUUGUAGGUGUGGGAUUAUGGUUUGUGUACUGAAGUUAGCAUGGCUGUGCUUUUCGUAAUAGAAUGCUAAAGACUUUGCAAAUGGAUCUAGGAUGUCUAUUAUAGGAGAACUACAUGCUUUCAGUGUACAUGAAGGCAGCAGCUUUAGGAUUAACAUUCUUGCCCACUGUAUAUUGUCUUGGAAGGCUCUUGUUAAUAUGUUAAACCUAAUAGUCUCUACAGUUAACUUUAGAGAGAAUUUAUGAGAAGUUAGUUUCUGAUGCAGAGGUUUCAAUUAGGCUGUGAUUUGAUCAAAAGUCCUUUUAGCAUUCUACCUCAAAGGGACACUGUUAGUAUGCCUAAAAUUAAUUCACUUAGUUUUCCUUUUUUAUUUGAAGAAAAUACAUGACAUGUAAUCUUUUUCUUGAAUUUUUCAGAUUUUAAAGUACUAUAUUAAAGGAGAGAUUAAUGUCUAAAGCCUAGCAUUCUUGCAGCAACCCUAUACUAACGUGAGAUUGGGAGAGGGUGGGGCAGGUGAGUAGAGAAAUGGGUAUAAGCCUCAAGCUUCCAAAGUGUUUUUAUAAAUGGAAAAUACUUAAAUUAUGAAACAGCUUGAUAUAGUGUCCUUUUUUUAAAUUCAAAACUUUUUUUAUUGAAAAUGAAGAUUGCUGUUUGAGUU